AUGGAGUCGAUAUCGCGUAUCUCGAGCAUGCUGGAAACAGCACGCGACCUCACACUUGAGGCCGCUCGAGACGCAGGCGCUGGACGGAGGCCGGCCAAGCAGAUGCCUCCAGCGCAAAUAAAGAAGUUGCUGGACAGCAGGAACGAACGGGAAGUCCUCGAAGGCUUGCGCCGUGUUAUCGAAAUGCAAUACACGGCUCCGCUGGCGCAAACACUCCCCUUCUUUCCUUCGGUUCUCAAGACUCUCUCGCAUCCUACUUCGUCAACAAGGCCGCUCGUCUACUCAUAUUUGCUACAUCAUGCCGAGGCCGACCCGGAUACCGCUCUGCUGUCUAUCAACACAAUUCAAAAGUCGCUGUCGGAUACUAGCCCUCGAGUACGUGCUAUGGCAUUAAAGACAAUGGCUGGUGUUCGUAUCCCGCUCAUCAGCCAAAUUGUCUCGCUCGCUAUCAAGAAAGGCACUGCCGACAUGAGUCCUAUCGUUCGCAAGGCUGCUGCAUUUGCCUGCGUCAAGUGUGUCAAGCUGGACCCUGCUACUCUUCCUCAGGUUACCGAAUACCUCUCAACCUUACUCGGAGACAAGCAGUACUUUGUCGUUGGUGCUGCAGUUGCCGCUUUCAGUCAGAUCUGUCCGGAGCGACUGGACCUGAUUCACCCACACUACAGAAGUAUUGUCAAGAAAUUGGUGGAUAUGGAUGAAUGGGGUCAGGUCUCGACCUUACAGCUGAUGACAAUCUAUGCGCGCAAAUGCUUCCCCAGGAAAACUCGACGUGUCCGCAAAGCAACCACUCAGACCGACAAGCAGAAAGGCUUCUACGAUGACGACGAUGAUGAAGAACAGGAGGUCGAAUAUGAGGAUGUCCAAACCCUGGAUCCCGAUCUCGACCUGCUUCUUACUUCCGCACUACCGCUACUACAGUCUCGUACUUCGGCCGUUGUUGUCGCCGUCACCAGAGCUUAUCUGUACCUCGCUCCUGAACAGUAUCUGCAUCAUGCCAUCGGUCCUCUUACAGCACUUCUCCGUGGCCCUCCUGACAUCAACCAAAUCGGUCUUCAUAACAUCGUCCAAAUUUGUCUUCUCUACCCACAACACUUCGUUCCACACUUCCGUCACUUCCUGCUCAGGUCUGGUGAGGGCGAGCAAACAUGGCGCCUUAAGCUCGAAGUUCUAACUCUUAUCUUCCCUCACUCUACCGCUGAUGUACAAGGCCUCAUUCUUACCGAACUCGAACAUUUCUCACAAGGUCACGACCCUGCUCUGGUCCGUGAAUCGGUACGAGCGAUUGGUCGUUGUGCUCAAAACUCGGAUGCUGCUACCAGCUCGCGCUGCUUGCGCUUGUUACUUCGUCAAGUCCACAGUCCAGAUCAACAUCUUGUAGCUGAGGCUUUGGAAGUCAUCCGACACAUGAUCCAGCGCGAUCCGCUUGCACACACCAAAACAGUUAUCCGUCUGGCAAAGAAUCUCGACACACUGACCAGUCCUGCUGCACGCGCCAGUAUUAUCUGGUUAGUUGGCGAAUUUGCUGGUUACUCAUCCGACCAGAGCAUCGCACCUGAUGUUCUACGUAUCCUUAUUCGUGGUUACCCUGAUGAACACGAUCUUGUUAGACAGCAGAUUGUGCUACUGGCAGCGAAGGUAUACUUGCAUUGGCUGAAUGCCGAGAAUGCAGCAAAGAAGAAGGAUGGUAGUCCUGCUUUAGAACGUCAGUCCAGCUCGACUGUUCUUGCCCCUAAUGAGGAAGAAGACGGUGCAGGAUUCAGAGAUCAAGGAUUCAACGACAAGGAACCAUCGAACGUCGAGUCACAAGAAGACAGAUCCCAUCCGAUAUCAUUGUUGUACAACCACACUCUGCUGCUGGCCCGCUACACGCCAUCAUACGAUCUUCGCGAUCGCGCCCGCAUGUUCCGCGCGUUGCUAGCAGUGCCCUCGAGCACCGAGCUUGCAUCUCUCCUCCUGCUCGCACCCAAACCUGUACCGCAGGCGCCAAGUCCAAGCGAAAGUCGCAAGGGCUACGUACUCGGCAGCGCGAGCUUGGUCAUCGGUGAAGAGAGCGGUGUAAGCGGUCUGAGUGGCUACACGCCCCUUCCCGACUGGGUUCAAGACGGUGAUGAACCAGACGCAAAACUCAGAAAUGUCGAGGCGGAAACAAAGACCGAAUACAGACCCAGUGGAUCAACAGUACCCGCAGGUAGAAUGCUCGACGAUGCACUCAAAGGAUCCGCACCUGUUGUCUACAAAUCAAAAUCUGGCGCUCCCGCCAAGGAAAAGACAUUGGACGACUGGCUUGACGAAGAAGACGAAGAGACAUCGGAAGAAGAAACUGACGAGUCUGAAAAUGAUGAAGAGGAGACUGACGAAGAUGAGGAGGAAACGGACGAUGAAGGAGAAACAGAAGAAGAUUCUUCAGAAGAGGAAGAAAGCGAAAGUGAUGAUGGUGAUGAGAAGAGAAGACUUGUUGGUUAG